GUCGGGUCGAGGGCAAGGAUUGGCGGCACAGAGGCUGGGACUGGGCCGGCGAUUGUUCUCCGCAAUCGCUGAUCAACUGCCGAUCGGCACGGAGAUUGACAGCAUCCUGCCGCCUCUGGACGGCUUCUCGGGUGUGCUGUACAAACUGUACGGCAGUCGUGAGGUGGGGGCUGCGCUGUGGGACGGCGCAAUGCUCCGGGAUCUGGGGCCGUACAGCACCCUGCAGGACGCCCGCAGGACCAUCACCCUAGCCAUCAGGCUCCUCUCAGCAGCAGCAGCAGCAGCCGCCCCUGCAACGACCACUGCCGUGGCAGCGCCGCCGCUGCCAGAUACAGCCCCCGCCGCCGCUGCCGUGGCGGCAGCUGCUGCUGCUGCUGCUGUUCCCGUGCCUGCUGUGCUAGCGGCGGCUGCAGCCACGGCGGCAGGUGCAGCGCCCGCCACAACAGCGGUGCCCGUAGUGCCCCCAGUAGACCUAGGGCGCCCAGCUGUGCCUAGGGCUUUGGGUGCUGCAACAAAAACAACCACAACCACAACUCCCUCGGUAGCUCCCCGGCUCGACCCCGGACAGCAGCAGCUGCUGCUGCCGCAGCAGCAGAUGGAAGAUGGGAGGGCUCAGCAGAGCGCCAAGGUAGAGGCAGCUGGGCAGUCGGACUCAGCAGCAGCUCAGGCCGCUAAGGCUGGGGAGGGAGGUGUUGCUGGUGGCCGUGUUGGGAGCGAGAUCGGAGUGCCGGCGGGCGCUGAGGGGGCUGCGGCUGCUGGGUGUGUCGGCGGCACUGCUGGUGGCAAGGCGGUUGCGGAAGGAGGAGGAGUUGAGGGGGCGGUCAUGAAGGGAGCCGUGAGGGCGGCGGCAGCAGGGGGUGCGGCGGAGGCCGCAUCCCUGCCGGCCGCAGGGGGGCCAGCAACAAGGGGGCCGGCAGGGGUGGCAGCAGCAGCAGCAAAGGCGGCAGCAGGGGGGCCGCGGGCACCUGCACCUGCUGAUGCUGAUGCUGCUCCGGCGUCUGGUGCUGCUGCUGGUCCUGCUGCGGACGCCAUGGAAGCUGUGGAGGCUGCGGGGCACUUGCUGCUGCUCCGGCGGGGCGCGUCAGAGGGCUCAGGGGGACAGCAGGAGCAGCAGCUGGGUCCACGGCAGCAGCAGCAGCAGCAGAAAAAGUGGGAUGGACGGGGCUCCGCCUUUUUGAUGCAGCAGCAUCUGCUGUCGCCGUCACAACCGCCGCCGUCGCAGCAACGACAACAGUACACGGAGAGGCGGCAACAGGAGACAAACACGCCUCCGCUGCUGCUGUCGCAGCAGCAGCCCCAGCAGCAGCAGCAUGAUCACGGAGGGCGACAACGACAGCUUGAGAACCCGCAGGCGCCCGAAUCCAGCAAUCCCACGCAGCCGCAGGCCAGGAAGCGCUCCGCCACUGGGCAGCUGCUAGCACAGCCGCUGCAGCGAAGCAGUGAAAGAGGAGGUGGAGAAAGGGGAGGAGGAGGUGGAGAAGAAGAGCAUACAUAUCAGGAUGCAACACUGUUGGCUGGGGUGCCUGAGAGGAGCAAAGGCGUGCCUGUCAGCUCGGCGCCACCUUUACAACCGCAGCUAGGGCGUGUGCCUGACAUGCAGCAGCAGCUCGUAGGACUGCUGCUAAAGCAGCUGCAGGGGCAACAACAACAACAGCAGCAACAACAACAGCAGCAGCAGUCUUACGGUUAUAGUGACCCACGGGUCGUUGAGGCGCUUGUGAGCCUCCUCAGCAGUGGCAACAGCAACAACCCCACGGUAAUGGCCGCUGCGUCGUUACUGCAGCAGUCAUUGCCGCAGCAUGCGGGGGCCCCUUUGCAUGGCAUGCGUGCGCCACCACAGUCCAGCGGGGGAUACCAGCCGACAGGGCCGCCUGAUGACAGCUCACCCCCGAUGUCGUCUGCGCUGUAUGCUGCUGCUCCAAACCGCUACACGCCUGGCGUCACGGGGCCAGUAGGUGGGUUGCUUGCAUCCCUGCACCUUCAACACCUCCUGCAACAACAGCAACAGUACCAGCAGCAAGACCCGCAGCAUGAAGGAGAAGGACAGGAGAGCCGGCAACGUCAGAAUCAGCGUCAAACCUACCCUCAAGCCCGCCAGCACUCGCAGCAGCAGCAGCCGCAGCCACUAGCCGAGGGGCGUCCGAGGCCUCGAAGACUCGAACUCGGUGAGUUGCCAAAUGAGGAGCUGCUGCUGCUGCCGAGCGGCUCCUGCAAUCCUGAGUAUGCAGACGGGGAGGCGGCUGGGCCGCAUGACACGAGGGAUGGGGGGCGGGCCCUGAGGGGCGGCAGCGGCACCAAGGGCACUGGCGCAGGACCCGGACGUAGCACCGGUCACCCCAGCCUCCAGCCUCUCCUUCAGCUCCUCUCGGCCGCUCCACCUCCCCCCUUCCUGCAACCCCCACUGCCGCCACCUGACCUAGCCGAGUGCUCCUCCGUCCGCGGGGGGCUGUUGUCCGUACAGCACUCGGUGCAGCUGAGUGUACGGGACUCCGUUCGGCUGCCGUACUCCUCAUCCAUGGUCCUGCCUCCUGCGGGCUCGGUCAACGGUGGUGGUGGUGGUGGCGGUGUGGAUGGCUUGCCUGCAAGGCCUAGCGCCAUCAGUGGGGCCGGCUGGGGCAG